AUGUCGCAAUUCAACUUCGUCAAUUCGAAAGAGAAAGUCCCCGGUGACGGGACUACUCUACCAGUCGAAUUCACAAUUACAGCCCACCCAUCCACCGACAUCUGGGCCAAGCCCCCCAACACCCAUAGCUUCACAGCGCCAAUUCUCUACCAGCGCGUCCCGCUGCAAUCCUUCAAGCGGGCGCGCGUGGCCUUCGGCGCCCAGUGGAAAUACCUGUACGACCAGGGCGGGCUGAUACUUGUCCUGCACAACAAGGAUGGCAGCCAGAAGUGGGUGAAGGCCGGUAUUGAGCUCACUCACGGCAAGCCCCACCUCAGCGCCGUUGCCAAGGACACAUGGUCGGAUUGGAGUCUGCUUCCCGUUCCUUCUGGGGGUGGCGCAGCGACGCUGGAGAUGGCGCGAGAGGCGGAUGAUAGUCUAUGGAUUUACCUAGUGGAGGGUGUGCAGAAGUCGCCUAUUCGGGAGGUCACUUGGAUCUUCCAAGAGGAGAAUGUGGAGGAGUUUUGGGUUGGUCUUUAUGCGGCGAGACCGGGUACGGAAGGGGAUAAGCUGGAGGUGAACUUUGGACAUUUGAUGAUAGAAUUCUGA